AAUGGUAAGUUCCGGUCUACUUAAUUGGGUGUAUCUCCAGUAGACACCAACGCAAUAGCAGCUGGGUCUGGUCUACUUAGUUAAUUGGCUUACAUUGACCCCCCCCAAAAAAACUAUUGCGAGUGGGGUAUCUCUGAUUACUGCUAGAUAUGUUUAGGACCGCCCUCAAUGAAUGAGGAAGUUAGUUAGCUGCUAGCAUAGUAUGCUAAUGGUGUUCAGAUGUUUUGUUAUUGUAAUUAAAAGGUUUCAGAAGACAUACAUCACCUUCCAUUAGUGCGAGGAUACUUUACUUUAGGACGAAAUUACUGUUUCAACGGGGAACCCGUUUUCCGAGUAUGAAACAACCGAAUUUACGAGUUAGCGCGUGGGUAUGUUUACAAAACAGGUGAAGCUCCCCAUUCGAAAGUUCGCUAGGCGAUCUAACUCGCUAUAUCAAGCCAAUUAGCUAUCCAAAUAGCACAACUGGAAGUAAAAUGUGUUGGAUAAUGCCAUAGUGAAUAUAUUUGACCAAUCUAGAUAUACAAAUCUGUGUACAGUAAAUUGCUGAAGUUAUAGCUAAAAAGCUAAAUUAGCUAAGUUAGCUUGCGAAUGUUUUGGCGCUACCCAAAGGUUUCCCACUCGCAGAACUGUGAUUACACUGAAUAUAAAGUAUGUAAAUUAGUCUAUUAUUAUUAGACUAUUAUAAAUAGCCUCUAAAAAAGACUACGAAUAGAAUGGGAAAGCACAUGAUAUUCUUGUUAUGACGCCAUUGUGUGCACCUGUUGACGUCGUCACAUUAUACCUGUACACCAGCUAUAACUAACGUUAUAGUCAGUCUAGCUAAACAAAUUGAGGGUUUGUCAACAUGGCAAGUGCCUUAGCAGCUAAAAUGGGACUCAACUCAUUGAGAAGAAAACAAGCCAAGAACUUCAAUGUCAGGAUCACCACAAUGGAUGCAGACAUGGAAUUCAGUUGUGAGGUCAAAUGGAAGGGGAAAGAUCUUUUUGAUCUGGUGUGCCGGGCUCUGGGACUGAGAGAGACGUGGUUCUUCGGGUUCCAGUAUGAUGUCAAAGACACUGUAUCCUGGAUCAAGAUGGACAAGAAGGUUUUGGACCACGAUGUGUCCAAGGAGGAACCAAUCACCCUUAAUUUCCUGGCCAAGUUUUACCCUGAGAACGCAGAGGAGGAGUUGGUUCAGGACAUCACUCAGCAUCUCUUCUUCCUACAGGUGAAGAAUAAGAUCCUGGAAGAGGAGAUCUACUGCCCUCCUGAAGCCUCUGUGCUGCUGGCCUCCUAUGCUGUCCAGGCCAAGUAUGGAGACUAUGACCCCAAUGUCCACAAACUAGGCUUUCUGGCUCAAGAGGAACUCUUACCAAAGAGGGUGAUCAACCUUUACCAAAUGACAGCAGAGAUGUGGGAGGAGAGAAUCACUUCUUGUUAUGCUGAGCAUAGAGGGAGGACAAGGGAAGAUGCUGAGAUGGAGUACUUAAAAAUAGCUCAGGACCUGGAGAUGUACGGCAUCAAUUACUUUCCCAUCAGGAACAAGAAGGGAACAGAUCUCCUGCUGGGAGUGGAUGCCUUGGGUCUACAUAUCUACGAUCCAGACAACAAGUUAACCCCCAAAUGUUCCUUCCCCUGGAAUGAGAUUCGCAACAUCUCCUACAGCGACAGAGAGUUUGCCAUAAAGCCUCUGGACAAGAAAACAGAUGUGUUCAAGUUCAACUCCUCCAAGUUGAAGGUUAACAAGUUGAUCCUGCAGCUGUGCAUGGGGAACCAUGACCUGUUCUUGCGGAGGAGGAGGGUGGACUCUCUAGAGGUGCAACAGAUGAAGGCCCAGGCCCGAGAGGAGAGGGCCAGGAAACGGGUGGAGAGGCAGCGGUUAGAGAGGGAGAAGCACCUGAGAGAGGUGGCAGAGAGAGCCAGGGACGAUCUGGAAAGGAGACUGAUACAGCUACAGGAUGAAGCCCACAUGGCCAAUGACGCUCUGCUUCGUUCUGAGGAGACAGCAGAUCUCCUGGCUGAGAAGGCCCAGAUAGCUGAGGAGGAAGCGACGCUGCUGUCCCAGAAGGCUAGUGAGGCCGAGGCCGAAAUGCAGCGUAUCAAGGUGACAGCCAUCCGCUCAGAGGAGGAGAGGAGAAUGAUGGAGCAGAAGAUGCUGGAGGCGGAGAUGAUGGCCCUCAAGAUGGCUGAUGAGUCAGAGAGGAGGGCAAUGGAGGCUGACCAGCUGAAGCAGGACUUGCAGGAAGCCAGGGACUCUGAAAGGAGGGCCAAACACAAGCUGCUAGAGAUCACCAGCAAGUCUACCUACUCGCCCUCGACCGUCCCAGGUGAUGCGAUGCCUCCAGACCUGAGCUUCAGCAGAGAGAACCUGAGCUUCGACUUCAAAGACACAGACAUGAAGCGCCUCUCCAUGGAGAUCGAGAAGGAGAAGGUGGAGUAUUUGGAGAAGAGUAAGCACCUUCAAGAGCAGCUGAAUGAGCUGAAGACAGAGAUAGAGUCUCUGAAGCUGAAGGAGCGAGAAACGCCUCUGGACAUACUCCACAACGAGAACACUGAGAAGGGCACCAGCAAGCACAGCAACUUCAAAAAGCUAACUCUACAGAGCACCAAGACCAGAGUGGCUUACUUUGAAGAACUAUAGAUGUCACCAGGGACGUGUGUGUGCGUGCUUGACUGUGUGUGUGUGUGCGUGCUUGACUGUGUGUGUGUGUGCGUGCUUGACUGUGUGUGUGAGUGCGUGCUUGACUGUGUGUGUGUGUGCGUGCUUGACUGUGUGUGUGUGUGCGUGCGUGCUUGACUGUGUGUGUGUGUGCGUGCUUGACUGUGUGUGUGUGUGCGUGCUUGACUGUGUGUGUGCGUGCUUGACUGUGUGCGUGCGUGCUUGACUGUGUGCGUGCGUGCUUGACUGUGUACGUGUGUGCUUGACUGUGUGUGUGCGUGUGUGUCUGUUUGCGUGCGAGCGCGUCUUUUUGCGCCCACGUCCGUGUGCGUGCACGCGUGUCUGUGUGGACAUGUCUCUGGAGAAACUUUAUCACUACAGUACAUUCCAUACUACGUGGCCUUUGGCUCCAUUUGCUGGGAGAUACUCACCACAACUGCGGUCAAACGAUGGACCACUGCCUAGGUCAAAACUAAUUUCAGAACUGGAGUUUAAAUACUGUAUAGGCCAAGAGAGACAAAUCAUGAGUUACACUUUAAUUUACAUUCCACUACUUCUUACCUGAUAUUUACCUUAAAAUAACCAAACAAUACUUACAAUAACUACAGUUUGUGUUAUUUGUGUAACAUUAAAACGAACAUACUGUUCACCAUUCACUAGCAGGUAGGUAAAGUAUGUUUAAUUAUGUAUCAGUAUCCUUACCACUCACAUAAGUGCAUAAUGAGUAUUAACAGGUAAAUACCACUGAAAGAAUUACAGUAAAAUAUUAUCAACUUGUAUCACGUCACCUCAAGCCUCUGGCUGCCGUAAGUGAAUUUCUGUAUAGGUGUUCUCUACUACGAAGGUACCAAGUGCACUAUAUUCUGUUCUACCCUUUAAAAGCAGAGUGGAAUAGCCUUUGAACUCAGACAGGGUGAAGAUGAAGGAAUGGUAAGAGUAUUACAGUACAGUAAUCCGGUGUACUUCUAGCACAGUUUUCCUGAAUCCGGAUACUGGGGACCCACAGCGAUGCACAUUUUUGUUGUUUUGCCCUAGCAUUAACACACUUCAUUCAACUAAUCAGCUCCUCAUCAAUGCUUAGAUUAGUUUAUUCAGUGACGAUGGGGCAAAAACUAAAAUGUUAUGGGGUGAACAUUUUGAAUCCCCAUGACCAGGAUUGGGAAACACUGAUCUAGCCUAUCGUUGGUACUUUUGGGAAAAAUGUUAGGGUUAUGUUUCUUUUUUAGCUCUUUGAACAAACUUGAGUUUGCAUUCCAUUCCAUUGUAUUGAUCUAAUACAGUGCACUCUGAAACGGUUUGCAUAUUUUGUUACAUUACAGACUUAUUCUAAAAUAUAUUAAAUCAUUUUUUUGCCUCAUCAGUUUACACACAAUACCCCAUAAUGACAGAGAAAACAGGUUUGUAUAAAUGUUUGCUAAUGUAAAUAAGGUAUUUCUGUGUUUUUAUUUGUGAAAGUAUUCAGCCUGUUUGCUAUGAGACUUGAAAUUGAGCUCAGGUGUAUCCUGUUUCCGUUGAUCAUCCUUGAGAUGUUUCUACAACUUGAUUGGAGUCCACCUGUAGUAAAUUCAAUUGACUGGACAUGAUUUGGAAAGGCACACACCUGUCUAUAUAAGGUCCCUCAGUUGACAUUGCAUGUCGGAGCAAAAAUCAAGCCAUGAGGUUGAAGGAAUUGUCUGUAGAGCUCAGACACGAUUUUGUCGAGGCACCGAUCUGGGGAAGGGUACCAAAAAAUGUUUGCAGCAUUUAAAGUCCCACAGAACACAGUGCCCUCCAUCAUUCUUAAAUGGAAGAAGUUUGGAACCACCAAGACUUCCUAGAGCUGGCCACCCGGUCAAACUGCGCAAUCAGGAGAGAAGGGCCUUGGUCAGGGAGGUGACCAAGAACCUGAUGGUCACUCUGAGUUCCUCAGUGGAGAUGGUAAAACCUUCCAGAAGGACAACCAUCUCUAGUGAAUCUAAGAUUAAACUCUUUGGCCCGAAUGCCAAGCUUCCCUACGGUG